CAAGAUUUCUGCGUCUGACUCUAUCGGUGAUACCCGCUCACCCUUCCCUCCAUCUCAUGACCCCACAAAAUGAUAAGCAAGGAUACCACCCAUCGGCACGGCUCCUGGGUUGUAUCUUUUGAAGAAAUUGGACAGCCGUGUUCUUGCACGUCACCCAAGAAAAUUGCAGUUUUGAUAGAUGGUAAGUUCUUGGCAGGAAGGGUGUUUUGGGUGAUGUCAAUGCACCUAUGCCGCCCACUAUGCCAUGGUCAUUCCAAUGCGAUCUGUGAGUCCGGGGCAGCGCGACCUCAAGAAUUUGACUUGAUUUACGACUGCCGGUCAAGCGACUUAGAAGACAAUCUGCACUGGAGUGACUUCUUUUUCGUAAAACUGGAGCAUUGCGUGAUUUUCUCACCAAUCAGAAGGCGGGCGUGGAAUCCUGCAAACACGCGGGUAUUUCGGGGAGCUCCAUAUACGCGGAUGACAACAUGCAAAUGGUGUAAAAAUAUUGAGAUAUCUUUGUAUCAGGACUUUAGAUUAUGUAGACUGCUCGUGCCGUGUGAUCAGGGUGAUCUAGAUAGCUGGGCCGUCCUGAGUCAGCAGAAGGAGCAAACCAUGAAGAGUGAAAGCUGAUCCAUGGCACGGAAAUAAUGGUAUGUCAGUAGGCUUUCAUGCACUACCGGUGAAGCGCCGGUCUCGCAAGCGGGGCGGAUUUGUAAAUCCUCGCGGGCGUCGAAAGUCAAUGCGAGGCUUCGUGGUGGAGAAUUCCAUUUUUGAGUAUUUCCAAGCGCGAGCAUAUACUGAUGCAUUUCCCAGCAGGGGAUUCGACAGAAUCUCUUCAAGAGGGGACUUCCCCGUAGCUUGGGAAUGAGACUCUAUGUUCCCCCCUUGGUUCUGGUUGGGAAAGUCACGUGAACAGCGCUCCAGUUCUUUGGCUCAAAGCAUCCCGCAACCGGAGGUUCAAACCU